UCUUCAGAAGCAACAUAUCUGUUUUUAAUGCUUAAUAUGGUUUCACUCGGUAUGGUCCUAUAAUUCUGUGAUCCAUUUAUUGGAGAUAUGAAGAACUCACUGUAGUUUUUUCUCUGGUUGUCAAUCACGUCCUGUUGGACACCCCGUUCAUUUCUCAUGUGAUUUGAGUUUUUAGAUGAUCUGGCAGAUUGUACAGCGUGUUAUGAGGUCUUGAGGUCUUGUCAUCAUUUAAAGACAAUUCUGCAUUGUUGCAACGCAGCUUCACAGAAAAGGCUCUGUUAUAAACCAUGACACUAUUGUUUCUCACGCUGAUGUCAAUCUAGCUCAUGCGCUAUUGUUGACACACAGACAAACAGCUGCGAGAUAACACUGAGAGAUCAUUCAGUGACUCUAGAUGGAGUCGGACCACGGAGACGAGCGGCUCGACCCGGCUCAGAAGGAUGAUUCGGGAUCGUUCGGGGUGCGGGUGCAGCUCCAGGGGAUCAACGGUUGUCCUUGCGUGGUCCUCGGCGCUCAAGGGGAAAAUGUCCUCGAGUACCCUGACGUGUUUCUGACAGAAGACCAGCAGCAGGGUUUGCUCUCGUACAUGAGCGGCAGUGCUUCAAGGAUCCAAACUCCUCCAGCGGAUUCUACAUCUCCGAGGAAGAGCCCCGAGACUCUCAGACACAUUCAGAGUCUUCCGUACCACACAGCAAGUCGGUCCGGUCGGGUCUGGUUGAGCAGCCCAGUAAACGCCUCGCCCGUGAUGGUGAAGCGAGCUCGGAUUCCUCUGCCGGGAGCGGACAGGGAAGUGGAGAACAUUCCCUGUCGAACAUCUCAUAUCAUCUGCAGACCCGCUUCAGGCGAUGAUCUGGAGCUCAGAGAAUCACCUCGGCUCGCUCGACUGGGUCACAGGAGCAGAAUGAGUCCGGACGACAAGAGAAGCGCCGAGUCCAGAUUCACAGUCACAGAUCGAAAGGCAUCAGGCGUUGAGAUGGAAGUCGAGAGCUCCACUGAUGCGUCUGCUGCUGUCAGACAGCAGGAGGUCACAGGGGUCAGAUCUGCAGCCUUUACUGAGAGGUCAAAGGUUAGAGGCGCAGAGAAGAGCAUUGAAAGGGAAGCUCAGGUCACACCUGAUCUGUUGAGAGGACAGCAAGAGCUUCCAGAUCCACCCGAUGAGAAAACAGCUAAACAAGUGAUGUUGAGCUACCUGAAAGAGGGGUCCAGUGACGGUGAAGACGUUGUCAGACCCAGGGUGGACGUGAUGUUUGAGAAGAUCCACAUGUUGAAGUUCAGCACAGUAGAGACGCUGAGGGAGUUUGAGUUGGCAGAUCCUCGUAAGGAGGUGAAGGAUCUUAAAGACAGAAGGGCGGCGCUAGAGAGCCAGAUCUCUCAAUUAAAACAGCAGCUCCAGCAAGAAUCAACGAACAAUGAGGAGAAACAGAAGAGACUGCAGGAGGUGCUCGAGAGGAGUGAACACGAGCAGCUCACGCUCCGUCACAAACUCACUGACAUGGAGAAAGACCUGCAGACCACACUGGACCAACUGCUGCAGGUGAGGAGAUCUCGAGAUGCGUGUCGUGCUGAUAUGAGAGCUCUACAGCAGCAGUUGUCGGACAUUCACGAUGAGUUAGACAGCAGUAAGAGUUCUGAGGCUGCUGAGAGAGACACACUUCUGCAGGAUCUGUCAGCGUUACGUGCAGAGUUUGGAGCUCUGCAGGAUCUUCACGAGGAGCAGGACGAGGUGUUACACCUCAGAGAGAGAGAGCUCACGGCCCUGCGGGGGGCGCUAGUGGAGAUGUCUGCUCAUGCCAGAGACGUGCACAUCCUGAAGGAGAUGCAUCAGCGAGAGGUUCAGAAACUCCUGCAAGCAACCGAGGAGGCCAAAGAGAGUUUGGACGUUCUGGGGUGGAAGGUUCUGGAGGUGGCGGCGGAGAAAGCUGCCAAUCACACUCGCAUCUCAGAACUGAGCCGGACUCAAACCGGACUCCAGGAGACCAUCAGAGCUUUAGAGGAGCAGAUCACAACCCUCAAUGAUAUCACACAACAGAACGACAUAGAGAAGAACCUCCUGGAGGAGCGUGUGGAGCGGCUGACAAUGGAGAAAGAGAAUCUGGAGGUGGAGCUGAUGGACGUCCGACAGCAGGAGGAGAACAUGUGUGGAGCAAACCGAGCUGUCAUGAGACAUCUGGAGGACACACAGAGUGAGUGGAGCGAGCUGAAUCGAGCUCAUCGUGAGCUGAAAGAGAGACUUCAGGAGGAGAGCGUACAGAUGGAGGAGCUUCAGGAGAGAAAGAGGGAGUUAGAGGAGCAGAGGACAAACCAGAACCGAGAGUGUGAGCGCCUGCAGGAGGAGAUGAGUGCGGUGGUUGUGAGUGCAGAGCGAGAGACACAGCGUUUGCAGAAUGAGGUGGACACAAUCAGAGAUAACAACCAGAGAGAACUGAACGCUCUACAUACACAACUACACAACACACACACUCAACUACAGACACACACACAGACUGCCCAGGAAAACCACAGAGAGCGGUGUGUGUUGGAGGAUAAACUGUCUCGAUGUGAGUUUGAGCUGAACGAAGCGACAAUGAGAACACAACAGCUGCAGAAGAGAAUUCAACAACUAGAAGAGAACAGACACACACAUGAAGACAAACACAUCAAACUCAUGGAGGUGAAGGUGCUUGAGCUGGAGAAGUGUCUGACAGACGAACAAAACAGCUCAGAUUUACUCAUGAAGAAACUGGAGAGAGGGAGAGAGCAGACGGAGCAGGUGAGAUCAGAUCUUCUUCAGGAGAGAGCUGCUCGACAGGAUCUGGAGUGUGACAAGAUCAGUCUAGAGCGACAGAAUAAAGAUCUGCGGUGCCGCAUGUCACAGCUGGAAGCGUGUCAGCGGACGGGACAGGACACGCUGCUCUCCAAACUACAGCUGCACAUGCACGAGCUGGAGGAGAAACUUCUGCAAGAACAAAAAGAGAACAGUGACUUACAUCAGCAGAACCGUAAACUGGAGCGUAAGAUGAAGGAGACGAGGUUACUUCAGGAGGACGAGCGUCUGUCUCUUCAGGAUCAGAGAGAUCAGCUCCUGCUGCGUCUCAAGAGUCUGAAGAGACUGCUGGACGAGGCCGAGGAGGAGAUCCAGAGACUGGAGAACAGCAAGAGAAAACUUCAGAGAGACUCGGAUGAGCAGCAGGAGACGAACGAGCAGCUGCAGACGCAACUCGCUGCUCUCCGCAUGGACAUCAGGCGGGAAAAGAGACCUAACACACUGCAGACGUCUGAUGAUGAUGAAGAUGAUGAUGAGAGAGCCGUCAGUUCAGACUGACACCUUAAACACACAAACAACCGCUGAUGUCUAACUCAUGAACAUUCUGUCAUGAGCAUCAUUCCUAAUCUGACUUAAUUUGAUACUACAGUAAAACUUACCAGAGUAAAGUGUGUGUGUGCGUGCAUGCGUGUGAUCUGCCCUCCAGUGGUCACAUGACGGAACAGCUCGGUUCUGUCUCCUCUCUGCUCAUACAGUAGCCUAUGUCUGAUUUUAAUAUUCUGUUUAAUCGUUUUAUUCUUGUGCAUUUUGACCUUA